AUGGCUGCAUCACGAUCGAAAGCCAAGCCCUUAAUGGAGACAAUAUCCGAAGCCCACCGCAUGUCCUACCGCAUCGGCCGCGGCGAACAAGGUGUCCUCACAUUCGAACCUUACAAGUCCGCCAUUCUCCCCCUCUGGCGCUUCCGCACAGUCCCUAUCGCGCGACAAAGCGCUGAAGACCUAUGGGCCAAGUUCAACGAGUUCAAAGACCAGCGCGAUUUUGUGGGGAUGGACAUGACGCGUAAAUUCAUCCAGAUGGGUAUGACGCGUGCAAAACGAUAUGCGAAUCAUGCUGGUGGGCGGAAGUAUAAGAAGGGCACGAGGGAGGAAUUACCAAAGAGUGAUGAGCAUCCGGAUAAGGAUGAGAAGCUGAGGGCGAGUUUGAUCUUUAGGGGGUAUUGGGAGAAGUGUAAGGAGGAUGAGGAGUAUCAGAACCUCAAGGAGGAGUUUUUGAAGAAGCAGAAGGAUUGGAAGGACUCUUGA